AUGAUAUUUGUGGAAGAUACUAAUUUGGCUCGGUUGCGAUCAAUUCUGAACGACUUCGACGCCUCAGAUCGUUACAUUGAUGUGCGCCUGGAAUUAUUGCAUAUAUCCAAUGUCGAAAACUCGAUACCAACUGGUUUUAGUGUUGAUAACUAUACUAGUGUGAAUAACUCCACAGUUGAGGCCGUUGAAGGGAUAUACUGCUAUCUAAUAAUGGCAAUGAACAAAUGUUUCCCUGAUUAUGACUUUUCAUCGCUUAAUUAUUCGAAUUUUAAAAGGAUUAAAUCUAUUGGUACUGUGCUAAAUACAAUCGAUUACAAACUAUCGUACAUAAUGGAGAGGUUGAUACUAGAUUUCUCAAACGACCUAUGGAGCAGUAUAAAAAAGGUAAUAUCACUCAAUGAAUCGGAAGUUUAUACCUAUGAAUCUGGGCCCGAAGAGGAUUUAUUCAAUAGUGAGUGCUGUUUAAACUCGUUUAAUUACUUUUUCUAUGACAAAAGUCAAUGCAGGAUAUUAUUCUUCUCCAGCGUCACCAAGUCUAAAUGCUUAAAUCGUAGGAAAGAUUCGGAAAAUGACUUAUUUAUUAGUGAAUUAACAUCUGCUGUACGAGCACAAGACGCAUAUGUAGAUGAUUCCUCGUGUGAAUAG